UGAAAAUAUAUAAUUUAAAAAAAAAAUUCAUUUGAAACUGCUACUUAAAAUUUUAAUUAUGCUGAGAUUUUAAUAUACCUUAUAUAAUAAUAUUAUAAUAUAUUUUUAAUUUAAAAAAAAAAAAUACAGAGGAAACUGAAAUAUAUAAAGAGAGCAUUUUUUAUAUACAUAUAUAUAACCAAAAUAUUUUUGUAUAAAUCGGCUUAUAAUUUAUAAAAUAUGAGCUUAUAAUAAUUUUAUCGUGCCACACAUUUUACUAUUAUUCUGAAAAUUUAUCAUAAAAUCAGAUAGAAAUAAAAGAAAACAAGGAAGAAAAAAAUAGGAUAUUUUCAAAAUUUUGUUGUUUUUGUCAAACAAAAAAAAAAAAAUAAACAAAAAGGUUGCAUAAAAUAUAAAGUUAAACAAAAUUAGGUUUUUGAUUUUUUUUUUUGUUUUUCAAACUUUAUAGUUUAGACGAAGAAAGCAAUAUAUGUAUAUAUAUAUAUAUAUAUAUAUAUAUAUUAUAUUUUAUUAUAUAACAUACUUAGUAGUUAAAUAAAAAUUUAUUUUACUUAUUUUAAUUUUUAUUUCUCCUUCUUUUAUUUUCGUUAAAUUUUCAAAUUUUACAUCUUUAACAAAAAAAUUUUAAUUUUAUUUUUUUAAUACUCACACCAAAAUUAUCGUUUUUAAUAUUUUAUAUUUUAAUUUUGUUCUGAUUUGAAUAAUUUUUCCUUAAUAUCAUCAUUAAAUCAUUAUUAUCAUCAUAAAUAUUUUCAUAAUAAAAUUAUAAAUCACCAAUCAUAAACCAAAAAAAAAAAAAAAGAAAAAAAAAAUAUAUAUAAUUAUUUUACAUCCAUAACGAAUCAAAUUUUUACCACCAUAUACAAAUGAAGAAAUAUAAAAAUGUUUUAACAUCGUAAAAAAUAGAUGGACUGAUUAAAUUAAUUAUUUAAAAUUAAAUUAGAAACAGUGAACUUUUACAACAUCGUAUAUGUAUAUAUAUUUAAAAAAAAACGACAUUUAAUAUUUGUAUUAAAAAAUUCAAAACAAAAUAAAUCUUUGUAUUUCGCGUUUUACAAUCUAUCUACAAUCAUUUCUAAUGAAGAGCUUAAAAAUAUCAAAAUUAAAAUAUGACCAAAAAAAACCAAAAACCUAUAAUAGCAAACUACUGCUACUACUACUACAGCAACUACUACUACUACACAAUUCAUUGAAUUUAAAAAUAUAAAACAUAAACUAUAAUAUUAUUUUAUUAAAAAAAAAAAACAAUAUAACUAUAUUUUACUAUUAUUAAAAUUUAUAUAAAUUGAAAACAAAAAUUUAAAAAGUAAAAAAUUGUAAAAUAACUUUUUAUAAUUGAAACUUUUAAUUAAAAAUUAUUGUUUAAGAUUUCAAAAAAAAAAAAAAAAAAUAAAUGUAAACCUUUAAUGAACGUGAGAUUUUCUAUAAUAAUUAUAAAAAAUUAACGAAAAAAAGAGAAAAGUAAAUAUAUGGGGCCACGUCCAUGUACGAUUACAACAACAUGAUGAGUGGUGGUGGCAUUGGUACAAGCCCUCCAAUGCCUGAUAUUCUUGGUCAAUACUAUUCUGGUCAUCAAACAUCUGAUCCAUAUUUACAUCAACCAACCUCAUCAUCUAGUAUUUUUAAUCAAUAUGAUUUUGGUGGUAGUAGUGGUGCAAUUGGUGGUAGUGGUUGUGGUUUAACUGGUAGAUUAUCACCAUUUCCAAUGACAGCUGCACAACAACAGCAACAAGCCGCAGUAGCAGCAGCACGUAGAAGACGUUAUAGUUAUAGCGGUUUACCAUCAUCUAUGAUGGCCGAUUUAAGUAAUUUAUCAAUAAGUGGUGGUGGUACUGGUGGUGGUGUCACUGGUUUAGGUGAUACAUUUACAAGUGGUUUAGGUACCGGUGGUUAUACAACUGGUUUAACUGGUUCUAGCGGUUUAUUACAUCAUGAAUCAACAACAAAUAUUGCUAAUUUAUUAAAUGAAACAAAUAAAUCAAUAUCAAGAUCACAACAAAUAUUAAAUCAACGUAUCCCGCCACAUAGUAGUUAUUUAAAUUAUAGAUAUUCUGGAUUGAAUUUAAGUUAUCCAACAUUAAGCUAUCCAGAUUAUGGAUAUCCACAUGAAACAAAUUUAAUGCAAUUAUCAAAUAGCUUUUCAUCACAACCAAAUUUAUAUUUUCAACCAGCAACAGCAACACCAUAUGAUAAAACAACAACAGCAACAGGAACAACCGGUUUAACACAACAACAACAGCAAUUUUUACAACGUUUAAAACCAACAUUAUCCUCAUCUAAUAUUAAUAAUUAUUUAUAUUCACGUCCAUCUGUUUAUAAUUAUAGUAGUAGAAAUUAUAAUCCAUAUAAUAUAGCAAAUAAUAUGUUAAGUAGUAAUUAUAUGCAAUCAAUUCAACCACCGCUAUCAUCACUGACAGCGUUACAACAUCAUCAACAUCAACAAUCACUAUAUCCACAAUCAUUUUAUCAAUCACAUCAUUUACCAGGAACUUUACAUUUAUCAAAUCCUGCACUUAAUUAUCACUAUCCAUACACUACACAUCAACACUUACAUCAUAAUCAUCCUUUAAGUCAUUCGGCCGCAUAUCUUCAUUCAUCUCAUCUUCAGCAGCAAAUUCAACAACAAUUGCCUUCUCAUCAAUAUCAUUUACAUCAGAAUCAACAACCAUAUACAAGUGGUGGUAGUGGUGUUAUCGGUAGUGGUAGUGGUGCUUUAACUACUGGACAAUCAUACGGAGGCUUAGGUAUCAGUGGUGGUAGUGGUGGACAAAGUGGCUUAGUUGGUACAACUGGUCUUGGUGGUAAUCUAAGUGGCUAUAUGAGUCAAUAUUUUGAUCACCAUCAUCAUCAUUUACCUUCUUCGUCACAUCAUCAUUUACAACAUCAUCAUCCAUCUCAACCACACCAACAACAACAACAAUCAUCUACAAUGCAUCAUCAUUACCCAUCGACUAUGUAUCAAGUACCGUUAUCAAAACUAGAUUUAGAUUACAGUAAACCAACAAGUCAAGAAUCAAAAAGACAAGUAAGUUUUAAAUUUGACGUAGAUACAUUAUCGAUUGACUAAAAUUAAUAACCUAAAAAAAGAAUUUAUUAAUUUAAAAUAAUUAAAAAAAAAUUAGUUAAACAAAUGUAAUAAAUUCACUAAACUAAAAGCGGAAUAAUAAUAUUAACAAAAAGCGAUUAUAUAAAAAAAGCUACGCAACGUUCUAUAUCAGUAAUUACAAAAACAAAAAAUAUAACAACUUUUAACAAUAAUCUUAAUAUAAAUAAUAAUAACAAUAAUUGAUGAGCACUGACUAAAAAUUAACAAAAAAAAAAACUCCUAUUUUUUAAAAUUUUGAAUAGUUUUUUGAAUAGCUUUAAUAUAAUUAAAUUAUAUUUAACCAAAAUCUACAUUCAUUUUAAUAUUAUUAUCAAAGGCUUUAAAUUUUAUAUAUACAAAUACUUAACGAAAGUUGUGUUCGUAUUAUUUAAAUUACAAUAGGCAAAAUUUUAUUGACAGAAUAUUUGAUAAUAAUUUUCUUUUUAUUCAUAAAUUAUCAAAAAUAUUAAACAAAUAUCAUAUUUAUAACAAUUAUUUCAAAUUGAAAUAUUUUUGAACUGCUAACUAUUUGAGAAUCAGAUCAACCUAAUAUGAGAUAACAAUAUGAGGGUUCGAAAGACUUAACACUAUUUUAAAAGUUACUAUUGUAAAACUUUGAUUUUUUAUUUUAAUCUCAAUUUGUUAAUCAAGUAAUUUUUCCUCAAGAAUAAUUCGAUAUUGUAUUUGAUAUUAAAAUCUUGAAAUUUAUACCCGAUAUUCAUUAAUAAGGGUUUGAUAUCAGCGAAAUAUUCAACGAAAUCCCUUGCGCUUCUAUAAUUUUUCUUUCAUCUUAGUGAAUUGAUUUUCAGUCGAACUGAUCGUUUUUCAUAAAAUCGCCAAGUAGCUGGUUAAUUAUAUAAUAUAGCUGUUAAAAAGUAGUUCUAUUAAAUCUAUAACUAUGAUACUCCGAAUUGACUACUCUUAUUUCGCACCAUCUUUAAUUAUUUUUCAUUGAAAACUGAACGUGCUGAUUAUAUCUGGAAGGUUGAUACAUUUCAUUCUUCACUGUACGUGUUUUGGCAGCACCUACAAAUAAUGAAUUUUAAUAUUAAUUUAAAUAAUAAAUUUACAAUUUCAAAUUUUAUACAGAAUUUACUCUAAUUUUAAAGCUGUUUUAAGUAAAUAUGGUAAGCUUUUUUAUAUUAUAAAUAAAUAGAAUCUAAAAUAAACCAAAUUUCAAAUAAUUCAAUUAUCUAAAUAUGAAAAUAGUAAAACAAAAAAUAAGAACCACCAAGAAAUUUUUUAUAACUAUAAUAAAAUAAAUCAAAGAUCUUUAACAAAUAUAUUAGCAGUUGCACGAAUAUAAAAAAAUUUUUCAAUUAUAAUUCCAUUUUUCAGUAAAAAUCAAAGUAUAAAUUUCAUUUAAGAAAUAAAAAAUGUUUUAAGGAGUUUUCGUGUGCUUGUAUUUAAAACAAAAAAUAUAUUCAAAAAUAAAAACUUAAAGUAUUGAAAUGUUAUUCUAGGAAUUGGAAAGUAUUAUAUAAUUAUAAAAAUUACAUUAUUAUAUAUUUCGAGCUGUGAUUUCUUUCAUUUGGAAAUUUUUUUUUUUAAAUAAAAAUAAUAUGAAUUAUUGUCAUUUUUGAUUUUCAAUAAAAAUGAUUGAAUUUAAUUCAAAACCUCCUAAGAAUAUGCAUUUAUUUAAAUGAAAAACAAAUAAUAAUAAUGAAAUAAUUAUUACACACGCGAUUAAUAUUAAAACAAUUAUUUAUUACUAUAUAAUAACACUAAAUGCAAUUAAAAAAACAAAACUAAUUUUAAAUAAAAAAUAAAAAUAGAAAAAAUUAUCUACAACAGCUUUCAACGAUUAUACAUAUAUACUUAUACAUAAAAAAAAAACACCAUAAAAUAUAAGCUUAAUAAAUUUCAACGAAAUUAAAAAAAAAAUGAAGUAUUUAUAAUUUUAAUUAAAAAAAUUUUAUUUAAUUAGUAUUAAAUAAAAGAAAGUAUUAAUAUUCUUGUAACUCAUGUAAAUAUUACAUAUUUAUAGGCGUAGAAAAGUUAAUUCUGUUCCAUAUAUUUAGAGUUGAUUUUAUUCCUUGUCGAAAAUUGAAAUUUUUUAUUUCAAUUUAAUAACAAAAUCUAAACAUAUUUACUUAUAUACCGUACCUAUAAUAUAAUUUUAUAAUAAGUACAUAUAUAUAUUUACUAUAUAUAUUUAUUCUAAAAAGCAUUGUUCCCAAUUCAAAAAUUUGAGAAAAUUUUAUUUAAAAUUUUAGGUCCUUUACAUGAAAAAUUUUACUUGUAUUAAUAAAAUAAGUAAUAAAAAAUAUAUCUAUGUAUAUAUAUAUAUAUACCUAUACCAUAUUAUACUAUAAAUUUAGUUUGAAAAUAAAAUACUUAAUUUUUAAUUUGGAAAAUGCAAAAAAAAGGAAAAAAAAAACAAAUUCCAAUUAUUACUCACUACCCAAAAAAAUUAAAAGUCCAAAUACAAAAAAAAAAAUUAAAGAUCCAAAAACUAUUUUCUGUUUGUACAUUAUUAUUAUCCUUGGCUUAAAGGAAUGUAUAAUAAAAUGCUAGCAAAAAAAAAAUGCUAACAAGAAACCCUUAUAUACUAUCUA